GCUGUGGUGCUGCUCUGCCUGAGGGAAGUUUGUGGACAAGGAAUAGCGUUCAGACUCUUUGAUCAGUGGUUCAAGUAUACGGAGCGGUGUGGAGAUGGGCUGCUCGGAGUGCUGUGUACGAUGCCUCAGGGGAGUUCCCUACGCUUCCCUCAUCGCUACCAUUCUAUGCUUUGUGGGUGUGGCUCUGUUCUGUGGCUGUGGUCACGAGGCCUUAACUGGGACCGAGAAGCUUAUCGAGGAACACUUCUCCCAUGACUUUAUGGACUACGCUGUCCUGGUGACCCUGGUCCAGAUCUUCCAGUACGUUAUCUAUGGGACUGCAUCCUUCUUUUUCCUGUAUGGCGUGCUGCUGCUGGCCGAAGGAUUCUACACCACCAGUGCUGUCAAGUCCCUCUUUGGGGAAUUCAGGACCACAAUGUGCGGCAGAUGCGUCAGUGCCACAUUCAUUUUCCUUACCCACAUAAUGAGUGUGAUCUGGAUGGGAGUCUUCGCCUUCUCUGCACUGCCCGUCUACGUCUACUUCACCAUGUGGUCCACGUGCCAGACAGUCAGACAAGUGACCGAGAAUGGGACUGGCUUCGAUGAUGUCUGCAUUGACGCCAGACAGUACGGAAUGCUACCAUGGAAAGCCAGUCCAGGGAAGAUCUGUGGCAUGAAUUUAUCCCUUGUCUGCAACAACUCAAACCUGGAGCUGACCUACCAUUUGUUCAUCGCAACGUUUGCCGGAGCUGCAGCAACGGCCAUUGCUUUGCUCACCUACAUGAUGUCCUCCACCUAUAACUAUGCUGUUCUGAAGUUUAUGAGCCGGGACAACUGCUGCACUAAGUUCUAACCCCACCUGCGCCCACCUCUCCUCUACCCCUCCCUCUUACUCCUCUGCCUUUUUUGCACAGUUUUAAUCCGGGGAAAUUUCACGGACUGUUGGUGAUUCCUCACUUCCUCUGAAUCCUGCAUAAUAGCUGCACAAGGAUCCUGAACUUGCCUUGUAACCUACACAUAAGCUGGAACGUCGUGUCGAGGAUGUGCAUUUAAUACGAGGAACACUCUUAACUGCUGGUUUAGUAUUAAAUAUAACGUGCAUUUUAACACUAUUGAAUGCAGAGACAAAUGCGACAACAGAAUCUCCGAGCUUGAAACUGCUAGUUGCUAAAUAUGACUGUGCAAAUAGUUGCGGAUUCUGCUUUCUGACCAGAUUAACAUGGUCAGGGUUGUGCUU